CCGUCUGCCUCUCCACCAAACCCGGGCUGAUGUGCUGUGCGAGAGGCUGGAAAUGGAAGUGUUGAUGCUCUGGCUUUUCCCCUGGAUAUUUCAGUGCGUUUCGGUGCGGGCGGACUCCAUCAUCCACAUCGGUGCCAUUUUUGAAGGCAAUGCUGCCAAGGACGACGAGGUGUUCAAGCAGGCGGUGUCGGAUCUGAACCUCAAUGACGACAUCCUCCAGAGCGAGAAGAUCACCUACUCCAUCAAGCUCAUCGAGGCCAACAACCCCUUCCAUGCGGUGCAGGAAGCCUGUGACCUGAUGACCCUAGGGAUCUUAGCCUUAGUGACGUCCACUGGCUGUGCCUCGGCCAACGCCCUGCAGUCCCUGACGGAUGCCAUGCACAUCCCACACCUCUUUGUGCAGCGCAACACGGGAGGCUCCCCGCGCACGGCCUGCCACCUGAACCCCAGCCUAGAGGAGGAGGAGUACACACUGGCUGCCCGACCACCAGUCCGCCUCAACGAUGUUAUGCUGAAACUGGUCACCGAGCUGCGAUGGCAGAAAUUCAUAGUCUUUUAUGACAGUGAUUACGAUAUACGCGGACUGCAGGGAUUUCUCGAUCAGGCCUCCAGACUGGGACUUGAUGUGUCAUUACAAAAAGUGGACAGAAACAUCAGCAGAGUCUUUGCCAACCUUUUCACUACCAUGAAAACAGAAGAGCUGAACCGCUAUCGAGACACAUUGCGAAGGGCUAUCUUACUCCUAAGCCCACGGGGAGCCCAGACUUUUAUUAAUGAGGCUGUGGAAACCAACCUUGCAUCAAAGGAUAGUCACUGGGUCUAUGUAAAUGAGGAAAUCACCGAUAAUGAAAUAUUAGAGUUGGUACAUAGUGCUCUGGGGAGGAUGACAGUUAUCCGACAAAUUUUCCCACUCUCAAGAGACAACAAUCAGAGGUGCAUGAGGAACAAUCACCGAAUAUCAUCACUGCUGUGUGAUCCACAAGAAGGCUAUCUUCAAAUGCUGCAGGUUUCCAACCUGUACCUGUAUGACAGUGUGCUCAUGCUAGCCAAUGCUUUCCACAGAAAACUGGAGGACAGGAAAUGGCACAGCAUGGCAAGUUUGAAUUGCAUGAGGAAAUCCACCAAACCUUGGAAUGGAGGACGAUCCAUGCUAGAGACUAUUAAGAAGGGCCAUAUAACCGGGCUUACUGGUGUUAUGGAGUUUAGAGAAGAUGGCGCCAACCCCUAUGUUCAAUUUGAAAUACUGGGCACUAGCUACAGUGAAACAUUUGGCAAAGAUGUCCGGAGGUUGGCCACGUGGGACUCUGAGAAAGGACUGAAUGGUAGCCUGCAAGAACGACGUCUGGGCAGUGACUUACAAGGAUUGACACUCAAAGUGGUGACUGUCUUGGAAGAACCUUUUGUGAUGGUGGCAGAGAACAUACUUGGGCAACCAAAACGUUAUAAAGGAUUUUCUAUUGAUGUCCUGGAUGCACUUGCCAAGAAUCUGGGUUUCAAAUAUGAGAUAUAUCAAGCUCCUGAUGGCAAAUAUGGACAUCAGCUCCAAAACAGCUCCUGGAAUGGCAUGAUUGGAGAACUUAUUAACAAGAGAGCAGAUCUAGCAAUCUCAGCCAUCACUAUAACACCUGAAAGAGAGAGUGUUGUGGAUUUCAGCAAGCGGUACAUGGACUAUUCAGUGGGGAUCCUGAUCAAGAAGCCGGAAGAGAAAAUCAACAUCUUCUCUCUCUUUGCUCCUUUUGACUUUGCGGUGUGGGCUUGUAUUGCUGCAGCCAUCCCUAUAGUUGGUGUCUUAAUAUUUGUCUUAAACCGGAUCCAGGCAGUCAGGGCACAGAACACUUCCCAGCCGAGCCCUUCUGCUUCCUCCACCCUGCACAGUGCCAUCUGGGUUGUGUACGGCGCCUUCGUUCAGCAAGGGGGUGAAUCUACUGUCAAUUCUGUGGCUAUGCGCAUUGUAAUGGGAAGUUGGUGGCUCUUCACCCUUAUUGUGUGCUCAUCCUACACAGCAAACUUAGCAGCAUUUCUCACAGUAUCAAGGAUGGAUAAUCCUAUAAGAACAUUUCAGGAUCUGUCCAAACAAAUGGAUAUAUCUUAUGGUACAGUCAGGGAUUCAGCAGUGUAUGAAUACUUUAAAGCAAAAGGGACAAACCCUCUGGAGCAGGAUAACACAUUUGCUGAACUGUGGAGGACAAUCAGUAAGAAUAAUGGGGCAGAUAAUUGUGUAUCGAACCCUUCUGAAGGCAUCAGAAAGGCAAAGAAAGGAAACUAUGCUUUCCUGUGGGAUGUGACAGUGGUGGAAUAUGCUGCACUGACAGAUGAUGAAUGCUCUGUGACAGUCAUUGGAAACAGCAUCAGCAGCAAAGGAUAUGGAAUUGCACUCCAGCAUGGAAGCCCCUACAGAGAUCUUUUCUCCCAGAGGAUCUUGGAGUUGCAAGAAAGCGGAGAUUUGGAUGUUCUUAAACAGAAAUGGUGGCCACGUAUGGGGCGUUGUGACCUGAAUAGCCACACCAACGCACAGACAGAUGGGAAGGCACUCAAGCUGCACAGUUUUGCAGGCGUUUUCUGCAUUUUAGCAAUAGGCCUUCUUCUUGCCUGCUUGGUGGCAGCAUUGGAGUUGUGGUGGAACAGCAACCGUUGUCAUCAAGAAACUCCGAAAGAGAUACAGCAUGGGCAGCAGCAGUGCAAACUUCCCCACAUUGCCUCACCAAUGUGCCUCAACCCUGACCUGGAGAGACCACCUUUAGGGUAGCGGAUUGGCAAGAAAAUGGGUCCCAGAUAACUGGAGUGCAAACCUAGGAGUCUAAAUCAAAGGGAGCAGCAUUCCUGAGAAAAGGACGUGUAGUACAGAGGACCUGAAGAAGCACCAUAUGAUGGGCUUCUGGGAGUUAGCUUCCUUAGACACAGAUGUCAUCAGACACUGCAAUAGCCAAGCUUUGCAGAUAAGCAGGACUUUGCCGCAGGCUUUUGUUGACAGACAGAUAAAGAAAACACAAAAGUACCUGGUGAGAUGCUGCACAAAACGAACGUGCCCACGGAGGUCAAGCCCUUAGUCCCAGCUGGGGGUAAUGUAAGAACACUUCCUACUCUUGCCCCCAGUCCAUAGUUUUACUUCAAGAAGUAGAGAUUCAUAAAGUCUAUAAUGAAAUCCAUGUAAUACUCUGGCCAGUAUAUCACAAAUUCUUAAUUUACCUCGUUAUGGAGUUUAUGAAGGAGCUUCUGCAUUACUGUCACCGUAGUGCAUUGUCUAACUCAUAGAAUAAGGAGCCUGACAUGCCAGGUUGGUGAAAAGGACUUAACACAGCCAUACCACCUCUCUAAUCAAGUAUUGUUUAGGCCCUUUCUGCCACAUAAGUAUUUAUUUAUUUAUUUGCUAUUGAUCUUCCCUAAUUCAAAAUUAUUUGAUUAGAGGAUUUUGCUGAAAAAGCAACGUUAAAAAAUAUGGUUUGUAUGUGUUCCUCUGGUGAGGCAGAUAAUAUCACCAACGUUCUGGGGAGCCACACGAGGAGUUCAGUGAUUUUUAAGUGAAAUGAAACAGGAACCCUCAUUCCACUGAUUAAGAAGGGAAGUGAAAACUGCUGCUCAGCCUUGUAAUUGUUGAACAAUUGUACUCCACUUGAAAUCAAUGGGGAUUUAGCCAAAGCUGAGAACAGAGGUUUGGGUUCAUCAUCAUGUAAUGCUAAUUCAUUUCUAAAUCCAUGCAGAGAUCAAAAAAUCCAGUGGUUCCUGAGUAACAUAGAAGUGGUUUUAAACCACAAGGCGAGAAUCAAAUCUGUAUUAGUUUUUGGCUGGAAUCAAGGGCUUUGGAGCUGAUUUGAUUGUCAAUUUAAGAGUGAAGGCAAAGUUGCAAAGCAGUGUAUGACACUGGAAUAGCACUGUAAUUUGCUGUGCCCCACCUGAAAGGUAGCAGUAAAAGAUCACGAGGAGUGGCUGGCACUGACACUGCAGACUGCUCUGUUCCCAGAGCCUAGCCUUUGGAACGAACAGGAGUGUCUUUAAGGCUACUGGUGUUGGGUUUAAGCAGCUAGGACUAUGUAGACCCGUUGGCAAUCGGGGAUUACUGGAACAGAAAAGUUUUGGGUAGUCCCAUUUCCUAGCCUGGGAUUUUGCUGGCUGCCCACUGUGGUUUGUCAGAGCAAGGGAUGCCUUGUUCCAGGCCUGUUGGGCUUUUAUGGAUGCUCUGCUGCUACUCUGCCGUAUGUUGCAUCAAAUAACUACAACUGCAGAUCACAGCUGUGCUUCAUGAAAUACAGAGAAAUGAUAUAAUACCUUUUUAUUUGCAAUGCACUGCUAGCUAUUAAAAUUCAGUCAUAACAGCAUCCCAGGUGGGUGACUUUACUCUGCCAGUUUUGUUGCUUUCCAUUUUGGGCUUCCUGCAUACCACACUGAAGAGAUAAACAGCAGCUGUAGGUCUUUGCUGCUUCAAGUUUUAAAGACAACUUCUUUGGCCGUGUUUCCUCCUGGAAGCUAAAAUGUUUGGCACGGGGUGCCAAAAGUCCCUUGAGGAGACCUCUCUGGGAAUGUUAGGUGACUCAUUCUCUGAGGAUAGCAAUCUGUUUUCAAAGACCAGCAUUGCUUUCCCGAGCACUGACCACAGACCUAAACUUGUACCAGAUGAGGUGUCAGAAUGGCAACUUGUUGUCAGUCACACAGCUGUCCAAAACACAGCUGAGCGUUCCCCUCCUCAGGGCUCCCAGAGCAGGUCUCCAUCUCAGUGCCCUUCCAGGAGGUCCAUGGUCCUUGCCAGGUAGGUGACCCAAGGCUCCCUGCUGGGAAGGGAAGACUUCUUCGCCACCACAACCCCUGGCCAGUAGAUUUUGGCACAAGAAGCAAAUACCCGGGAGCCAGCUAGGCUGCGCACGGUGUCACACUGAUGUAAUCCUUGCAAAGUGCGCUGCAGUUAGAGGAGUGUUGAGCUGCCCUGGGGCUACAGGGCAGCAGGCUGCUCUCUGGCUCGCUUGUUCGCCUCCCAGAGGCUUUUAUCCUGGGCUUGUGCAAAGUGAGCUAAGGGCUUGUGGGAUGUGCUGGUCCCUGCUGCCAGCUCCCGUUGGCUGAACCAGAGAUGUCAUUUUACCCCCAAGGAGGAUGGCAUUGAGAACAUCAGAGGGUUUUGCAGGUUGAGAUUGAGCUGGUGUUUUCUUCAGCAUGUGUUUCUCAGCUGGAGAUGUUGGACAGACUUUGAGGUUUUGCACAGGCCCAGACGAAAUCGAAGCGAUCUAAUGAGUAACCAGCAGCUCCUAUCACACACCGGGUGGACAGGGGGGCGGACGUUAAAGGUACUUGUGUCUGAACUGAUUGUU